AUGGUGACAAAGUUCGUAAGCAGGAUCGAAGAGUUUGGCAGGACCAAGAUAUGGAACAAACGAUGCGAGGACAUUGUCGCCUGGGAAAAGUCAGUUGGAAUCACCUUCAUGAGCAAACGCGCCGGAGGACGCAACGGUGAUCGGAGACACCAACGUAGUGUUGGUGAUUUCUCUGAUUUGAAAGGGAGACGGUUAAUUGUAGCGGAGAUCCAGGAAGACACACCGGACGCAAGCAAGAGGGCGCACCGGAUCAAAAAGGCACAUGGAAUGUUGCCCACUUUGUCGUACAUGAAGGGGUGGAGACUGGACCUAUAUCCCACCGACGGGCGUAGGAUGUGUGAACAGGAAAACAAAAGGAAUAAGGCAGCGGAUGAGACGGCUAAGAACGCCCAAGCCCACCAGGCGACGAUAUGGGAUCUGGACGGCAUCCAGCACAGCGAUCUCAGAUGUCACGUCUUAUUCCAGAGGCAGCUGCUGGAAAAUGGCUUGAGAGACUUAUUGAAGUCGCAGUCGGUGACCAGAACUCAUCAGCAGUGGUUGGCGCAGAAUCAGACGAAGAAGAACAUGUAUAUCAAGCAGUAUGACAAGGUCGAAUGGCGAUCCACGUUGGCCAUUAAUCCACCAAAUGGAUCGUACACGAGUCCUGCUGACUGA